AUGGAGGAUGGUUUUUCAGCUCUUCCACCUAAAGUCCCAGAUGUUGGGAAUCUAGGGAGUGAGAUACCUGGUCUGGAUUCAGCUGUUCACAGUGUUGGAUUGGCUGAAACACCCAUCGUUUCAUCAUUGGCACCGACUGAUUUAGAAGAUGCCAGUCAGGAGCAAGGCACUAGUUUGGGUAGUUCAGUAAUGGAAUUAGUUCCAUCGAUAUCAACCGAUAGGUCUGAGGAACUUAGCCCCAAAGUAACUGUCACGGAUACGGCGUCGCCGGGGACACCAACUGGGCAUUUUGCAGUCUACGUGGGGGAGGAGAGGCAGCGGUUCGUGGUGCCGACAGGGUUUCUCUCUCAUCCUCUGUUCAAGAUGCUGUUAGACAAAGCUUAUGAUGAGUUUGGGUUCCAGCAAAGAGAUGGGUUGGUGGUUCCUUGUAGCGUGGCGGCGUUUCAAGAGGUGGUGAGUGCUGUUCAGCGAAGAUGA